AUGAGGGAUCUCUCUUUCAACAACCUUACCAGUGAUCUUCCCAGUUCGUUUAUUGCAUUGACCAAUAUUUCUACUCUUCAUGUGCAAAACAACCAAUUAACUGGCUCUCUUAAUGUUCUGGCCAAUUUACCUUUGACAGAUUUAAAUGUUGCAAACAACCAUUUCAGCGGGUGGAUACCAAGAGAGCUUAUUUCUAUCCCUAGAUUUAUAUAUGAUGGAAAUUCAUUUGAUAAUGGUCCUGCUCCUCCUUCACCACCAUAUACCUCGCCUCCCCCAGGUAGAGCACAUAAUAAUCGAAGUCAUUCUCCUCCAGGGGCAGAUUCACCACAGGGAUCUGGUGGUCAAUCGUCCAAUCCAGACAAUGGAAAUAAAAAGGCACUAGCAGCUGGUCUGAUUAUAGGCAUAGCUCUAGGUUCUUCGUUGGUGGUCUUCUUUGCAAUGCUUGUGAUUGUGUUUUGCCUCCGAAAGGGUAAAAGGAAGGAACCCACUGCUCCUAGAACUUCUUCAGGAAGUCUCCCUGUUAGCACAGAUAAAGGUAUGUCCUUUUCCCGAUUAAAAGAAAGAAAGAAAGGCUGAGACCUUCUUUGGUUAGUUCUUUUUAUUAAUUUGUUUAUAUCAAAAGUUCUUUCUAUUUAUUUAAUAUCAUAAUUAACUUUAGGUUCAGUGUUUGAAAUGUCUUCCAAUUGUUUGGAAAUUUAAUGAUAGCAACUUAUUCCUUUUUGAAGUCUUUACACAUAUUAUAACAUCAGUUUUUGCUUCUGAAUUAUUCAGUUGUACAUUGUUCUAGAUGUU